AUGUCCGACAACAACAACAAAUACGAACCGCCCAACGGCCCCCCUCCCAACGGAGCCCUGACCGUCCCGCCGCAAGCCCACCACGACGCCGGCCCAUACUACCCGCCCAACGUACCCGUCAACACCACACGCGGGCCUGUGCCUGAGUCUUACCCUCCCGCCCAAGCUCCCAAUGGAGCUUACAUGCCGCCUCAGGGCUGGAACCAAGGUCCCCCAGGCCCAUGGCCGCCGCAGGGUCCGCAGGGCCAACAGCAACCCUACGGAUACUACGGACCGCCGCCACCGGGCAUGUAUUACCAGCAGGGCCCGCCCGUGGGAUACUACGAUCGAUCGCCAGACCAAGCCGCGGCUGAAGGGUGUUGUGCAGCCUUCCUGGCCGCCCUGACCUGCUGUUGCUGUCUUGAACUUUUGUUCUAA